CUCCCAGGGAGAGCUCGGGUGCUUGUUUGCAAUGGUCUCGGAGGUAGUAGAGGUGGUGGUGGCGGUGAAGUUAUUACCCGAGAGCUUCGACAGCUUCACGCAUGUUUGCGAUUGCACGCAAGGACGCAACUGGCUCCGUAGUUGUAAUGAAUGGAUUCACCGCGAUGCAAGCUUCUCAACGAGCCGUCGGAAGCUUCGUGUGGUGGAGUGUGGAAACUGCCGGAGCUCCGUAACCAUGCGGGGUUCAUGGAAGUGGUGGCUGCCAAUUCGGAGGCGGAUUUCAAUGUGGUAGAGUUUGGACUUAGAGUUUUGUAGGAGGAGGGGUUGAAGUGUGGGCCAAGUGUUGGGGCUCCUGAAACAGGGGAAAAGAAAAAGAGACGACGACGCCGGAGAUUGGAGAUUGAGGUGUGUGUGUGUGUGUUUGUGGUUAGUUUAGCGGUUUGAAGUGAUGAUCAGUGGUGCAAGCGGGGCACCCGCUGGGGCCCCAGUUCCCACUGCUACUGGUUCUGUUGCUGCGCCAUUGCCCGCGUUGGAGUGGAAAUUCUCGCAGGUUUUCGGCGAGCGUGCCAUCGGAGAGGAAGUGCAAGAAGUUGAUAUUAUCUCGGCUAUUGAGUUUGAUAAGACUGGAGAACAUUUGGCGACUGGCGACAGAGGAGGACGCGUUGUACUUUUUGAGAGAACAGAUGGCAAAGAUCAAAGGACACGGAGAGAGUUGGAAAGAGCUGAUUCUGCGGGGUCCAGGCAUCCUGAAUAUCGAUACUCUACCGAGUUUCAAAGUCAUGAACCAGAGUUUGAUUACUUGAAGAGUUUGGAAAUAGAGGAGAAGAUCAAUAAAAUUAGAUGGUGUCAGACUGCCAACGCCGCUCAGUUCUUAAUUUCUACGAAUGACAAAACCAUUAAAUUAUGGAAGGUGACUGAAAAGAAAGUGAAGCAAGUCAAGAACCUGAAUGUGGAUCCUGGAGCCAGAGGGAAUGGAAACCCAUUGUCGAAUAACAUGAUGCUCAAUCCAAAGGGUUUUGCACCACGGUUGUCGAUGAAUGGAGUUGCCGCGAACCGAUCUACGCCUGCCAUCAGCCCUGACUUUGUAUUUCCUCCUGGAGGCAUUCCGUCUCUUCAUCUUCCCUCGGUAGUAUGGAGUAACGAGACGGCAUUAGUUGCGAGAUGUAGAAGAGUCUACGCAAACGCUCAUGCAUAUCAUAUCAACUCCAUAUCUAACAACAGCGAUUGUGAGACAUACAUCUCUGCAGAUGAUUUGAGAAUAAAUUUAUGGAAUCUUGAAGUUAGUGAUCAGAGUUUCAAUAUUGUUGACAUCAAACCAACAAACAUGGAAGACCUUACAGAGGUGAUAACGUCUGCAGAGUUCCAUCCUUCUCAUUGCAAUGUGUUAGCAUACAGUAGCAGCAAGGGCUCUAUUCGACUCAUUGAUAUGCGUCAAUCAGCCUUGUGUGAUCGACAUUCAAAGCUGUUUGAGGAGACUGAGCAUGCUGGAUCAAGAUCCUUUUUUACAGAAAUCAUAGCUUCUAUUUCUGAUAUUAAGUUUGCGAGAGGCGGUCGGUACAUUCUGAGUCGGGACUACAUGACUCUGAAAUUGUGGGAUGUGAACAUGGAAUCUUCCCCUGUGGCCGUAUUUAAAGUCCACGAGUAUUUGCGUCCAAAGCUUUGUGAUCUCUAUGAGAACGACUCCAUCUUCGACAAGUUUGAAUGUUGUCUUAGUGGGGAUGGCAUGCGUGUGGCAACUGGUUCCUACAGCAACUUGUUCCGGGUGUUUGGGGCCGCUACCGGAAGUGAGGAAGCGUCAACCUUGGAAGCUAGCAAGACUCCAAACAGGCGUAUCGUGACACCUCCCUCAAAAGCUGGAAGUCGACUAGCCAAUCUUGCUCGUGGUCGGCGUGAUAACCGUCGAGGUGGAGAAAGCCCAGGUAUAGAUUUGAAUGGGGGAGUGCAAGAUUUCACAUCAAAGCUUUUGCACUUAGCAUGGCAUCCAGCAGCGAAUGUGAUCGCGUGUGCUGCAUCCAACAGCUUGUACAUGUACUUCGCCUAGGAUCAAUUUGUUGUUCAGUGAACUUCUACUCACACACGUUUGCUUCUGUUUCUUCGCCGUUUGUGCUCAGCUUGUGUUGAUCCUUAACAUUCUUGUGUAGUGAGGGAGUGAAUAUCCGCAAAUUUUUGGAUUAUGUCCUACCCUAAACUGGGUUAGUAGAUAUUAGAAUUGCUGCAUGCAUAUAGAAAGAAAUCAAAGCAGAAUAUUCUUUGAGGCGAAUCCAAGGAAAGAUAGGGAGUCCUGCAGGCUAUCCUCUUAAUGCUCAAUUGGACUUUAUAGGUGUUGUAAAAGUGGGUUACCGAGGAUAUGCUUGAUUUUUGAUCACCCUAUGUUUAGCUGCAAGAAUAUCCUUUUACAUUUGGAGUUUGCCACGCCUUACAUUUGGAGUAGCAGUGGGAGUUUACACUCUUUUCUAUCAUAUGCAAAAGUUGGAUUUAUAAGCGGAUGUGCUUCAUACAUAAAUAUGUUGGAGUUGCUCCUAUAUUCUUUUGAGGAAA